AUGGAGCCUCUGUCCAUUACUGGGGCCUCCGUCGGACUCCUCUCCUCGAUCUUCAGUUUGACCCAAGCUAUUACUCGGUUUGCGUCGGGCGUUCGUGAUGCACGUAAAGACAUGGAGAGUACUCGCUGUGAGCUCUCAGCGCUGGAGCUCGCGGUCGAAACUUUGCAAAAGGACGCCCUGAGCGAUGAAUUACAAUACCCUGACUCUCUUCAGCACAUCCUAACCGAAGUACUCCUCAAUUGCGACGGUGUUGUUAAAGAUAUUAGAGCUCUGCUGGUCAAGGCAGAUUCUGACAGAAGAAUGGCCAGAGUCCGUUGGGCUAUAAAUGGACAAACCGAAAUGAACAAGUUGAGACAGCAACUCGAGGACCACAAGGCCACCUUGAACAUUGCGCUCGGCAUGGCCAACAUCUGCUUGCGCUCUAAAGGGAAGGAAGAUACUUCGGCGAUAAGAAUUGGGACAGUGGAUAUAAAGCAGGACACAACUACUAUCUUGGAUCAAAUAUUAAAGCUCCAGUUACGCUUCGAAGACGUUGGAAAUGUGCGCACGAUCACCUUACAGCGAUUCCUAGAUAAAUCAACCACCUACGCUCAAAGCAUUAUCGACCCUGUUGAAGAACUGCCAUCUAUAAUGGAGCGGCCAUCCAGUCCGGAAUCAGGCGAAGUAAUCGCGAGCAUUAUGCCUAUCCAAGACAGUGUUAUCGAUGUCACGGCAGCAAAAAGGGCCCGUGACCGCUUGUCGUUUAUAAAAAGAGCGAGGCUCGACCGAAAGCUGCUAACCAUAUGCAAGAGGACACCACCGGACUUUAAAGCUGCUGAAAGCGUUCUCAGAGAAGGUGCUAACCGCAACUUUGUAGGAUGGUUUCGCAACACCGGUCGGAGUUCACUCACCAUAGCAGCAGAGUUUGGAACAGUUGAGCUCGUAACGGUUCUAUUGGGUUGGGGGCAAGAUAUAGACCUCCAGGACAAGUACGGCGUGACAGCAUUAAUGGCCAACAAAGAGACGACCGCGUCUUUCGGGAGGUUGGCGCUUCAAGAGGAUUGCCCCACUGAAGUUCAAUGA